GGCCCAUCAGCAUGCUCGCCCAUCUUGUGCUGCCCACUGACCCCCCAUGCCCUCCUCGAGCAACGCAAACUCCCUUGUCCUCCUCCAGUUUGGCGAUAACCCGUUUACUGCACGCUUUGAGGACCUCGAGGGGCGCGCUGCGGUCACCCUUGAAGAGGCAGCAAGUACGCCCAACAUUAUCGUCAAGCUCACGCGCGAGGCGCAGUGGGCUGACCGCCAUGAGGGCAUCCUUGGACCCUCCAACUCGUAUCUGUAUUUCGGCCCGUCUCAAAGCCCGGGCUACGUUGUAUACGGUAACAACCGCAACUCAAUUGCGAUGGCCCACUUUCUCAGGCAAAACAGAGAAAAUACGACGUCCCGCCACUUCACCGCACAGAGCGGCAAGGAUUACAAGUGGCGGAUCACCCCCACACGCAUGGAGCUCAUCUCGCGUUUCGCCCGCUGCCCUUUGUCGGAUUCCUGCUCCGCUGCUCACGAUGCCUCCCGCGACUCGUGCGUGGACGGCCGCACUACGCUGGCCGUCUGGGAGGUCUCCCAUCCGGACGACGAGUUCCACGCAAAGCUCACCAUUCGCCCCGCGGGCAUCCCCAUCGUGACCGAGAUCGUCACGACGCUUGUCCUCAACCGGAUGGCGCAAGCCCUGCAGUGGUAA